UAACACCACCCACUCUCCCACCUAGCUUCCUCCAUUGCCCUCUCGCUUUGCUUUCUUGCUGCCUUGUUUGUUUUGGAUACUCUUUUCUUCUUCCAUUUUUAUCUUAUGGAAGGCCCAGAAGAAUUCAUGGGCUCUAGCGAUCAUACGCCGAUUGUUAAGGGCAAGCGCACCAAGCGGCAACGGACGUUGUCCCCGUUUGGGGUGGUGGUCACAUCGAGCUCAUCCAGUGGUGGUGGCGGAGGGGGAGGUGGAGGUGGAGCUGGAGGUGGGGAUUAUUCUUCGAUUUCUUCUCCUACGUCCUCUGGUGAGGUUUUGGAGAGCACCGAGGAGGAGGAAGACAUGGCUAAUUGCUUAAUUCUCUUGGCCCAAGGCCUGGGUCCAAGGCAGAUUGAAGAGGGUGGUGCCGUGGAAAAGUUAAGCAGUCCAAGUUUCACGGAGAUGGCCACUACAACUGCCGGAAAGGCUGGUUUAUACGUCUAUGAGUGCAAGACAUGCAAUCGGACUUUCCCUUCUUUUCAAGCGCUGGGUGGGCAUAGAGCGAGUCACAAGAAGCCUAAGGCCGUGGUUGAAGAGAAGAAAGGGCCGGCCGCCACCGCCUCAUGGGACGAUGACUACUAUGAAGAAGGGCAAUUCAAUAAGAUUAGCCCUCCUCUCUCUCUCCAAAUAGGUAACAACAAAGCUUUACACAGUAGCAACAAGUCUAAGGUCCAUGAAUGUUCGAUAUGCGGGUCAGAAUUCUCCUCCGGCCAAGCCUUGGGAGGCCACAUGCGGCGACACAGGAGUAACACAAGCACUCGAAUCACCAUGAGUAUGGAAGCAGGCAAGAUGGAUUCCCACGAUCACCACAAGAAGGAGCCAAGGAACGUCCUACCGUUGGAUCUCAACCUUCCAGCCCCGGAGGACGAACUCCACCACCGGGACUCAAAGUUCCAGUUCACCUCCAACCAACAACACCUUGUCUUCUCGGCACCGGCCUUGGUGGACUGCCAUUACUAAGGGCAAACGAAGAAAACGAUGAUCAGAACCUGAUCAAUGUGAAUUAUUAUGAUUAUUUGAAUCCAUUAUUAUUAUUAUGAUUACUAUUAUAAUUCAUAAUUCAUAAUUAUCAA